CUUUGGCUUUCGCAAUUCUGUGUGCCUUCGUGAUUAACAUGCUCGUCCGGCCAACAACAGUAGAUCAAAUAUCAGUUGACUAACUGCAUCAAAGGUGGCCCAGGUGCUAAAAAUACAACAUUUGGCUGAUCAUCUAUUUGUUUAAAUUGUAGUUGGAGCAAAAUGUCGGUCAGACUGAACGAAACACAGAACAUUGUUGACAAGAUGGUCAACUUCUUUGUGGAGCACGAGGAUCUGCGCACAAAGAGCUGGUUCUUGUCGAAUGCGCCCGGGCCGCUGUUCAUGAUACUCGGCGCCUACCUGUACUUCUGCCUGUAUGCCGGGCCGCGUUAUAUGCGCGACCGCAAGCCGUUCGAGCUGAAGAACACGCUCCUCAUCUAUAAUGCCGUACAGGUGCUGCUCAGCUGGGUGCUCUUCUACGAGGGCUACAAGGGCGGCUGGGGCGGACAUUACAACUUCAAGUGCCAGCCGGUGACAUAUGCCACAGAUCCCAUCUCCAUGAGAAUGGCGCGCGCUGUUUGGCUGUAUUACAUUGCCAAGAUCACGGAGCUGCUGGACACGGUGUUCUUUGUGCUGCGCAAAAAGGAUCGCCAGAUCUCGUUCCUGCAUCUGUACCAUCACACGCUGAUGCCCGUGUGCGCCUUCAUUGGCGUCAAGUACUUUGCCGGCGGCCAUGGCACAUUGUUGGGCUUCAUCAACUCCUUCAUCCACAUCAUUAUGUACGCGUACUAUCUGCUGUCGGCCAUGGGACCCAAGGUCCAGAAGUAUCUGUGGUGGAAGAAGUACAUUACCAUUCUCCAGAUUGUGCAAUUCCUUAUUAUCUUUGUGCACACGCUGCAGAUUCAGUUCCAGCCCAGCUGCAAUUUCCCCAAAUCGAUUGCGGCGCUGCUCACCUUCAAUGCCGGCCUCUUCACCUACAUGUUCAGCUCGUUCUAUGUGCACAACUACAAGCGGGAGGCCAAGCAGGCGGCGCAGGCCAAGCUGGCGGCGGCACAGGCCAAAUUGGCGGUUAAACAGGAGUAGAAGCGACAUAGCCGAUGUUUUAUAUCUUUUGCCUUAAGAUCGAUAGCCAAAGGCGAUCGUUAGUUAGGUUUAUAUAGCCUGUACACGUCUACUGUGAAGAUACACUUUCUUAACGGGUAUUCCACACCCCGACUACCCCCAUCUUUAAGGUAUAUACAUAGAUCAAGCUGGGUGUAUGUACAUUUUCUAGCUGUUAAGGUUCCUUGAAGUCAGCAAUGAGUUUGUGACAAAGGAACAGUCGCUAUUGCACUUGACGUGAUGGCAAAGUAUAAUAGAACCAAAUAUUUAAGUUUAGUUGUUCGAUAUGUAUGUAGUUUUUAUUUUAUUGAUUGGCGUGCAAUAAAACUCUAAGACAUACAGCAGAUGGCAAAACACCAAAUUGUCAUUAGCAGUAAUUUUAUUUGCCAUUUUCUUUUCUAAAUUCCAAAACAUUAACAUGUAAAUUGUAAAAUAUAUUUUCAAAAAACAAUAAAUAAACAAUACGAAUUGAA